CUCUAGGGCAAUGCCUCCCCCCAGUGCCAAGGACAUCAAGAAGAUUCUGGACAGCAUGGGCAUUGAGGCGGAUGACGACCUGCUUGACAAGGUCAUCUGUGAGUUGACCGGAAAAAGCACUGAAGACCUCAUGGCCCAGGGUAUUGGCAAGUUGGCCAGUGUGACUGCUGGUGGGGCUGUGGCUAUCCGUGCCUCCCCAGGAUCUGCAACUCCUUCCUGCUGCUGGUUCCAUCCCAGCUGCAGCAGAGGAGAAGAAGGAGAUUGGAAGGUAGAGAAGAGAAAGCAGGAUGAGUAG